AUGUCACUAUAUAUAUUACAAUCACCGGUGGGAACAGUUCCAAAUUAUCUAUCACUAGCAAGGGAUCGACGCUCAGCAACCGCAAUUUUACCGCGGUAUGCACCAGGUAGAAUGCAAAUAAUGGUACAGCGAUCCACGAAACCACCAAUUCAGAAGAUUAUGUGCCAACCCGAGAAUCGUACUAAAUCACAGUGUUCAAUUGAAGAAUUGUUGGGUUUGUCUUCACCUCUAUCACAAACGGUAAGAAAACGUGAGCGCUUAACCCACUUAACACCAGAAGAAAAGCAGUAUCGGCGUAAAAUGAAAAAUCGAGUUGCUGCACAAACCGCACGUGAUCGCAAGAAAUUUCGUACAAACCAACUUGAAGAGGCUCUUCGAAGGCUUCAUCAAGAUAAUAUGAAGUUACGUGAAGAAAAUAAAUCUUUGAAAAUGACAUGUGAAGAUUUAAAAAGCGAAAAUAUAUGUUUGCGUGAUCUGGUAGAAAGCAAAGUGAAGUCGGAAUUGCGCUCGGAAGCUGAAAUAAGUAGCAGCGAUGAUGAUGUUACUACAGAUAUUAAUAAUUUUCUCUCUGGCGAUGAAAUGCAGGAAAUUAUCCGAGAGAUCUGUACAGAAGAUGAAAUAUGUCCAUCAUCAAAUUCUUGCCCGAAUAAAGCGGCAGAAGACUUCGAGCAAUUUUUCGCAAAAAUACUUGACGAAAUUGAUGGCCAUGUCACUCCACCGAAAUCCACGGAAGGCAGCCGAACGUCUCGAAUGGAUUGCGCGACACCGAAUAUCAUUAUAGCUCCAGAAUAUCUAAAAAGGGACCCGGAUUCAGAGCCUUCAUCUCCUACACCUACGUUGGAUUCUACCAUGGACUGUAUUAAUUACGAUCAGGCAUCAUUUCACAGAAAUGUAAAGAUACCAGAUGACGAUAAUGACAGCCCCGGUCCAUUGGUGUUCACUGAAGAGCAUUCAUUUCUGUCUCCAGUUUCGUCCCCUUCUUUGUCUGAAUCACUCGAAGAUUACCACUCAGAAAAUGCUUACCAUUUCUCACCCUUUACUGGCAGCACAGACCCAAUGUUUUGUUCGCCUCAGAAUUGGGAUAUUGACUACGACUGA